CAGGCAUCAACGUCGUCACCCCCAAUAAAAAGGCGUAUUCUGGGGACGUACAGCUCUGGAAAGAUAUCUUGGAAGCAAGUAGUAGUCAGGGUGGGGGGCGGUACUUGAAUGAAGCGACCGUUGGUGCUGGGCUGCCUGUUAUAUCGACGUUGAAGGAAUUACUUGGGACGGGGGAUAAGAUCAUCAAGAUCGAGGGCGUUUUUUCUGGGACGAUGAGUUAUAUUUUCAAUGAGUUUUCGACGGGACGUGAAGGUGGACCGGCGUUUUCUGCUGUUGUUGGUGUUGCGAGGGAGAAGGGGUAUACGGAACCACACCCAGCAGACGACCUAAACGGGUUCGACGUAGCACGUAAACUGACCAUCCUCUCGCGCAUCAUAUCCUCUUUCCCCACCUCCUCUCCCUCCACCUUGCCACCACUCCAAUCCUUCAAAUCCGUCAAAACAGCCUCACUCAUCCCCCCCGAAUUAGAAGGGAUACCCACAGGCGACGAGUUCCUCGCCCGUCUACCUGCGCAUGACGCGCAGUUCGCCAAGUUGAGGGAAGAAGCGAGUAAGGAGGGGAAGGUGCUUAGGUUUGUGGGCGUUGUGGAUGUGAAAGGGGGGGAGGUGAGAGCUGGGUUGGAGAAGUACCCUACUACCCACCCAUUCGCGACGUCUCUUGGCGGGUCCGAUAAUAUUAUCAUGUUCCAUACGGAGAGGUAUAGCCCUAGACCAUUGAUCAUCCAGGGUGCUGGUGCGGGUGCGGCGGUUACUGCUAUGGGAGUUUUGGGCGAUGUGUUGAAGUUGGUUUAA